AUGAAGAGACAAGAAAAAGAAAGUAAGACAAAGAAUAAGAAGAAAACUGCGAAGAGAAACAAACAAACGAAGAAAAAUAGAAAUGAUCGUGAAGAAGAAGACUCUGAGGAACGGGACGUCACCCAGUUUGAUGAAGACAGUGAAGAUGAUGAGUUGAUGGACCAUGUAUCUCCUGACUCUGCUGAUGCAGAAUCACUCACCCCCCCUCGCACCACUCCAGUAUGCUCGGCUUUGCUCGGCGGUCGUGCGCCCUCCCGCACCCCCCCCCCUCCCCCCUUACCCAUCCCUUACCUAGGUGUCGUCUUUGACUCCAAACUUGGAUUCAGCCAGCACUUGAAUCGGGUCAAGAACCGGGCGACCUUUGUACUCGGUCGUCUCUAUCCGCUCGAACAAGUGAUCAUAAGCGUACUGGUGAAUGCGGCUUCGGGUGGUGACUUCAGGAAGUUCCCGCACGGAUUCAAAUUCGGAGCAUCGACCUCUGCAUACCAGGUAGAGGGGGGGUGGAAUGCCAGCGACAAAGGCGAGAGCAUAUGGGACAGGACGGUGCAUACCGAUCCGGUGUACUUACGGAGGAACAUCAGCGGUGACGUCGCGGCGGAUUCCUACCACAAGUGGCGGCAAGACAUAGCCAUUGCGUCCGACUUGGGACUUCACUUCUACAGAUUCUCUCUAUCUUGGACGCGGCUCCUACCAACUGGUUUCACCAACGUAAGGAGCGAGGAUGGCAAGAAAUAUUACAACAAUCUCAUCGACGGUCUACUAGAGAAAGGAAUCGAACCUGUAGUGACGCUGUACCACUGGGACUUGCCACAGACCAUCCAGGACCUGGGUGGCUGGACAAAUCCGCUGAUAAGCGACUGGUUCGCCGAGUACGCGCGGUACGCUUUCGAGGCGUUCGGCGAUCGGGUGAAGACUUGGACCACGAUAAACGAGCCGCUGGUCGUCUGCGACUUCAUCUACAACUCGGGCGUCUUCGCGCCGGGGGUCAAGGAGACGAUAUACGGGCCGUACCUCUGCAACAAACACGUGUUGAUCGCCCACGCGAAGGCCUACAGGGUCUACGAUGGUUACUUCAGGGAAAAACAGCAAGGCAAAAUCUCCAUUUCCAACAACCUGCUGUGGCUAGAACCCUUGAACCCUGAAGACGAGGCUCUAGCAGAGCUAGGACGAGAGCAUUGCACCGGUCGGUACUCCCAUCCGAUAUUCUCCAAGAAGGGUGGCUGGCCCCCAUUGGUCGAGAAGGCGAUGGCUGAGUACAGCCUCAAGCAGGGCUUCAACACGUCAAGGCUGCCAGCCUUCACCAAAGAAGAGAUAAAACUGAUAAGAGGCACGUACGACUUCUACGCGCUGAACCACUACACUACCAGGUUCAUCAGGCCCGUCAAGCCUGGUGAAGACCCGGGCUUCUGGUUCGUCAGCGGCUCCCCGGAGAUCGGUGCGGUGCUCGAAGCGGACCCCGCCUGGUCUUUCGGAGCCUCGCAACUGCUUCCGGUGUAUCCCGAAGGACUGCGCCGCCAGAUAGCGUGGCUGAUGAAGAAGUACGGUAACGUGGGUUUCCUCAUCACCGAGAACGGCUAUUCGACCGCCGGGAGUGAGCUAAACGACGUCAAAAGAAUAAAGUUCAUCAAAGACUACUUGGAGCAGUUGCUUCUGUCAAUAUGGGUGGACGGCGCAAAAGUCUUGGGCUACACUUACUGGUCGAUGAUAGACAACUUGGAAUGGGCGGAUGGCUACGAUUUCAAGUUCGGCCUGUACGAAGUGGACUACGACAGCCCGGAGCGGACGCGAACACCGCGCGCCUCUGCACAUUACUACUCGAACGUGAUUCGAACCAACACUAUAUACUGCGAAGGAUCCACCAAUGGCCGGCGACAACCGAUGCGCUACCGGCGCAAGGGACCCGAGAAUAGCUCUCACAACGUCGCUGGAUCUGUCGCCCUGAUCUCGAUCGCCUUUGCGUUUCUAGUG